CUCGGGUGUUGUCGGGCUCGGCCGGCGCGUGUCGGAGGGCAGAGCUCUGCGCGCUCGGGACCAACCGCCAUUCAUCCAAGCGGACCGCGGGCACACCUGGUCGGAGCGAGGAGAGCAGUUUAGAGACCCAAACAGCACCCGUGUUAAUCACUUGAGGAAUGCGGUGCCAUUAGUACGGGAGCCGGGAGCUGAGAGUUUACACUUCGCACUUAAAGUUUCAAUUUAAAUCAACUUGAGGGACUUGUGAAAGGGAUCAUGGCUACGGGAGGGUUUAAGCCAAACGCCACGACAGACUUUUUGGAGGAGUGGAAGGCAAAACGGGAGAAAAUGAGAGCCAAAAUGUUGGGGGACAUCGCCGCAGCCACCGGUGCUCCCAUGGGUGCCAGCAACGCAAACAGCACAAACCGCCACGCCGCCGCCGCCGCUGCUGCUCCUCCACCGGGCGCCGAGCAAGCCAACAACCCGGACCGGAGCGUCCCAACUGGGAACUGCCUCCCCUCCUCCUACUCUGUGGCUCGGUCCUCCUCCGGCUCAGCUUUGAAGAGACCGGAGGAGGAAACGCACCACCAACACCACCUCCACCACCAACACCACCACCCCGCUUCGCCCACUUCCAACCUGAAGAAAACUCCGCCUCAGCCGGAGAAAGCUCCGUGCGCCUCGCCGGACUCCUCCAGCCCCAUGGCGUGCAACGACAGCGACAAGGAGAGCCCGUCACCCAGCAAGGCGAAGGAGAAGAACAGCAGCGGCCCGAGCGCCAGGAAGGGGAAAGGACAGAUCGAGAAGAGGAAGCUGAGGGAAAAGAGGAGAUCAACAGGUGUCGUUAGCAUACCAUCUAAUGAGAGCCUGGAUGAGCUGGACGAUGAUGACAUAGGAGAGAAGGAGCGGAGGGAGGAAGAGGAGCUGGUGCAGGCCAACACUUUCCAGAAUGAGUCCAUGACAGCUGACCCCGUCAGUGGACACCUAAUGGAAACCCCGAGAUCUGGAGGUGGCCGCCACAAGAGCUCUGCAGGGCAGGGAUCUGAGGAAGAGAUGGGCGGGAACAGCAGACAGCGACACAACCGUCACGGCAGAGAUGGAGGAGCUGCAGCACCAGGAAGUUUGGAGAAAAGGAUGGAGGAGCUGGAGAAGGAGCUGGCCAGAGAGCGCCAGGAGAACGUCAGGUUGCUGAAGGCCCACCAGGACAAAGACGACCUCAUCGGGAAGCUGAAGGAGGAAAUUGACUUGCUGAACAGAGACCUGGAUGACAUCGAGGACGAGAACGAGCAACUCAAACAGGAGAACAAGACUCUUCUGAAAGUGGUGGGACAGCUGACGAGGUAGAACCUCCCUGGACGAACAGCGCAGCCUCCUCCCCCUGGUGAUCGGAGCGUCUCUGUUCUCUCCUCUCUCCUGACCUCCUGCCCUGGCUCCAGUCCAGCAGCAUGGCCUUUAAUCUGUUUGAUUCUGUCUGUUAGAGGUGAAAGUGUAAAGUAGUCGUCCUCAGCUUCACUCCGAGGAUGGAUUCGUUCCAUUUGUUGUGAAAGCUGAGCGAACUAGAGGCUAACGUUCUCCUGUCCUGACAGCCUCGUGGGGAUUGUCUGUCAUCUUAUGCAUAUUUAAUGUAAAUGUAUUGUACAUAGGCCAUCUAGAUUGUUCGUGUUAGAUUUUUUUUUUUUUUGAUAAGGUCUUGAAAAAGCAAAAAGUAAAAUGAAUGUAUGUGCUGCACAAACAAGCACACAAAGUCUUUUAAAACUUGUUUAGAGGUUUAAGGAAGAAGUCUCCGUGUUUGUGCACACAGCAGCCACCCUGCAGGUAAAAGUCAAAAGAUCUCCAGUGUUGAAGUGUUUGAAUCGAAGUGCAGUUUCAUCAGUGAACUUUGAGGAGCUUCUGUCGAGGAACUCUUGGACCAAAUUCAACACAAUUACUGCUACAGUACCAUCAGCCAAAGUGGGCAUAGUGCCUUGCGAUGCAUGUGAGAUUUUUAUUUGUCAGUUCUCCAAAAGUUGUUAAAGCCUGGAGCUUUUUUAAUCAACACGCACCGCAGAUUUACAAUUAAUCUCAACAGAAUAUCGAACCAGAAAGAAGAAAAAACAGUUUUCUAAAUCUUUCCGACGCAAGCAAGACUUUAUACCAAGUAUAUUCUUUAUGCAUCUCAACAUCUGAGUAUUAUUCUUGUCCUUGAUGAAAUGUUUCAGGGUGAAACCCCACGCCUCGUAUAUAUGUGGACUUUUUUUUUUUUUUUUUUUUUUUUUUAAGCAUUUUGCUCUCUGUAAUUCGUUUACAAGUUAUGUCUUUGCAAUAUUUGAUAGACGUUUAGGAGCCGUAUCGUCAGGAAAUAAUGUCAGCUGUUAAUGUUUCUGCAAAGACGCCCGAGGUUGACACGCGUAGCGAUCGCAGCAAAUCAGGUUCACAUUAGAUGUUAUCAGUUACCGUUCACAUCAGGAGGUGGAGGGGUGGAGGUGGUGUUACAAGCCAAACAGCUGACUGCAGGAUAUUUUUAAAGACACUUCAGCUGUUUUAGUGGAAACAAAACUGAGUGUUUUUCAAGGAGACCUGCAGAUAUUUUCAGCUAUAUUUUGGUCGACAAAACUGAGUUUUUUAAGGACACCUGUGGGUAAUUUUAACUGUUUUUUUGGGGGGAACCUGGAGUCAAACCAUCUCCAUUCAUGAUAGCGGUGAACAAAACAGAUAUUUUUAGCCAAAUCAUUAUGUUUUGCUCCAACCAAGUGUUUUAUGUGUUUAAAUCUAACCAGAGCACAAGCACGAGAAAAGUCAACACACACAAAUAUUCAGUUUUGCAGAAACAUCUCGGCUAACAUUUAUUCUGGCGAUCUUGGUCGCGUUUAGCUGCUCUGUUUAUGGCAUCUAAGAUGUGUGGAGUGAGCUACAGUGCAUUUUUUUUUGUAUGAUAAUAACCAAAUGAACUGAAGGAACAUACUAUUUGAAAAUGCAUCUCUUUCGUUUACUCAAGGGAAAAGGCUUGGCUGGUAGAGGUGGAGUUUUACUUCCUGUAUGUAGGUCAUUUUAUUCCACUGAGGAGCUGCUCAGCGAGCGCCGCAAUUAAUCAAUAGGUUUUUUUAGUCCGUCGAUAGAUUUCUCCGCUUCCACAUAUUUUUGGGGUAAAGAUCAUCCCCUGGCAGACAGACAUCACAGACCCAUCUCUCUUCCCAUUACAUUAUGCAUGUACAGAAGAUUAAGACAUUUAAUAAAAGUUUGAUUAUCUCUCUCCUCA